AUGGAAACAAUUGACGUCGACGUUCUAGUAUGCGGAGGAGGCAUGUCAGGCAUGGCGUGUGCCGCCUUUGCCGCGGGUUCCGAUGCAAAAGUCCUUGUUGUCGAAAAGCAACCCGAGAUUGGAGGCUCCUCCAAUUAUUCUGCUGGCAUGUUUUGGGCUCCACAAACAUAUCAAAAGCUGAGAGAUUGGGUUCCAGAGGGAGAUCCAGAACUGCAAAAGGCAUGGCUCAAGGAUUACCUGCCGGCCGUUCAGUGGAUGCGUGAAAACGGAGUUCCAACUGCAGACCGAUUCGACGGUAUCAUGACUAUUGGGAUUGGAUUCCCUGUGAAAAUUCCACAUCUUCAUAGCCUUCACCGAGAGCGUAUUCAGUCAAGCAAAACACGUUCGGAGAUUUUCACAAACACCUCGGUGGUCAAGUUGAACCAGCAGCAGCCCGAGGUUUCGGGUUCGCGCGUCACUGGCGCUGUCAUCCGUCGCAAAUUUCCCGACUCCUCGGCUGUGUGCUAUAAUGUUAACGCUAAAUUGGUAGUGUUGGCUACGGGUGGCUUCCAGGGUUCUUCAGAGCUAACAGCCAAGUACCUCGGACAAGGCGGCGACAAUAUCUUCGUCCGCUCGAAUCCUGGUUCAGUGGGUGAUGGGCUGAAAUUGGCCAUUGAAGCAGGCGCGGGAACCAGCAGGGGCAUGAGCACUUACUAUGGCCAUCUCUUGGCGGCGCCACUGCGAGUUGAAGAUGUCAAUCCAAAGGACUACCUUCCACUAGCUCAAUAUCAAAGUAAGCACUGCUUGCUGCUCAACGAAGGGGGCAAACGAUUUGCGGAUGAAAGUAUGGGUGAUGAGAUCGUCAACCAAUAUCUCGCCAAACAGGAGAAGCGUCGUGGGUUUAUAUUGUUCAAUGAGAAAACGCGUGUGCAACACUGCAUCACUGCGCUAUUUCCCAAUGCAGGUGACAUCGAUCGUCUUCAAAAAGCGCGCGAGCACGGUUGUAACGUUGGAAGUUCUCCGACGCUGACUGGUCUGGGUGAUAUUCUUCAUGAAUGGGGCGUAGACCGCACGCGAGCGAGACGCACCAUUGAAGAUUAUGAUCAAGUCGUGAGGCUAGGAAACAAAAGCAUCACCCUCGAUGCACCUAUCGGUCGUGGUGGCCCCCCCACCUUUACCUCUGGUCGAUGGAGAGGGGCCCUUCUAUGUCAUGGAGGUCCAACCAUCGAUCACUUUCACUUACGGCGCAUUCCGGGGUUGCUUGUCGCGGGUGUCGAUGCAGGGGGGUUCAGCAAUGUUGGAUACGCCGGUGGUCUUGCUCUCGCUUUUGUGACUGGUCUGUGGGCUGCACGAGAAGUCACGCGUCAAUUGGGAUUACCUGAGCCUCGCCUACCUGCUGCCGAUGCUCGAGAUGGAGGAGAAAUGCCUUCUCGAGGUCGCCUUUGA